AUUUUUGGGGGGUUUCAGUGAGUUUCGGUCUCCAUACAUUCAGUUUGCACACUUUCUUUUGUUGUGAUUUGACAUCGACAUCAAACGUUCAAUUCCGGUGACGCUUUAGUAGUUAGGGUUCUGGCGGGCCUUUGCAUCAGAAGACCAUCAUAUCUAGCUUCCGACAAGCUCGGCUCACCCGAACCUGCUAAGUGCUUUUCGACAACGGAAGACGAGAGUCCAAUUCUGGUUUGCCGGUCCAUUGGCAGUGAUGUUGCGUCCCCGGAUGUACCGCCACUGCCUACAGCUGCCAUCUACCACAGUGAUUCUAAACUGCAUCAGUUCGGUGGCCACUAUUUAUACUGCUGCUGCUGAACACGAAGAUGAUCCCUUCAAGGCACACCCGUGCUACCACCACCUUUCUUCCAUUAAGUCCAAGGGAGAACUUCUCCAAUCAUACACAGUCACGCCACCUAUCCAACCCUGGCCUCGGAACCUUACCCAUAAACGACUCAUUUCUCUUAUAUCCUGCCAAAAUGACCCAAACAUGGCUCUCCACAUCUUCCACCACGCAGGUAAAUACCACCCUGGGUUUUCCCAUAAUUAUGAAACCUACCACCGCAUCAUCCUCAAGCUUUGUCGAGCUCGUGCCUUUGAAUCCGUGGAUACCCUUUUGGCUGAGUUACGGCAUACUAACAUCACUUGUUCGGAGAAUCUGUUUGUCACAGUUAUCCGAAACUAUGGCAUUGCAAGCAAACCAAAGCAGGCCAUUAAGUCUUUCUUGAAAAUCAAAGAUUUCGGAAUAGUAAGGUCAGUGAAGUCUUUUAAUACAUUGUUGAAUGCUUUGGUUAAUAACAAAAAGUAUGAUCUUGUGCACAUCUUGUUUAAGAAUUGUAGAAAGAAGUUAGACAUUGUGCCCAAUGUAGUCACUUGUAAUAUCUUAUUGAAGGCUCUGUGUAAGAAAGGUGAUGUUGGUGGUGCAAUUGGAAUUUUGGAUGAAAUGCCUGCAAUGGGAAUAGUUCCAAAUGUUGUUACUUAUACCACCAUUCUAGGUGGCUUUGUUCUUAUUGGCGAUAUGGUGGGUGCUGAGAGAAUGUUGAAGGAAACCCUUGAUAAAGGAUGUCUGCCUGAUGCAACAACGUAUACCAUUUUGAUGGACGGCUUCGUCAAGAAAGGGAAAUUGAUGAAUGCAGUGAAGGUGAUGGAUGAGAUGGAGGACAAUGGGGUCAAACCAAAUGAUGUAAGUUAUGGAGUGAUGAUAGAGGCUUUGUGUGCUGGGAAGAGAACAGGUGAAGCAGUCAACUUGCUUAAUGAUAUGCUUGAUAACAAAUAUCCACCUAGUGGAUCACUUUGCUGUAGGGUUAUUGAUGCUAUGUGCGAAGCAGGAAAGGUCAAAGAGGCAUGUGAUCUGUGGAAAAAAUUGUUGAUAAAGAACUGCACCCCUGAUAAUGCAAUAUCAAGCACACUCAUAUAUCAUCUGUGCAAGGAGGGACAAAUAUGGGAAGCAAAGAAAUUAUUUGAUCAGCUUGAGGGAGGUUCGGCUCCCAGUGUUUUGAUGUACAACACAUUAAUUGCAGGAAUGAGUGAGAAUGGAGAGAUACUUGAAGCUGGGAGGCUGUGGGAUGACAUGGUUGAUAAGGGGUGCAUACCUAAUGCUUUUACUUAUAGCAUGCUGAUUAGGGGAUUUUGUAAAGUCGGUAAUCCAACUGAAGGAAUCAGAGUUCUACAGGAGAUGAUAGAUAAUAAUUGUUCCCCAAACAAAUUCACUUUCUCUGCAUUAGUCCAAGAGCUUUGUGGCUCAGGAUCUGAAAGAGAUGGUGUUUUGAAUAAGAUAUUGUUGGAGAUUGCUGCUUAGGGAAUGGUUUAUCAGUUUAAUUAAUACAGAAGAUAGUGGCAUCUUUAUGAUUGUAGAAGCAGAGGCAUCCGUUUCAAAUGGAUCUAAGUGCUUUUGGUGCCAAUAUAUCAUACUGCAAGAUUUGCUAUCUCUUCUUGGGCGUUGGUUAUUAGCAAAUCGUGUCUAGCAGUGUCUAGCAAUGCAUCUAGUGAUUUUAGAGCCCCCAAAAGGAUGAGAGUAUAGUUAUGUGCUAUAAAUAUUUCUAGUCAUUUUGAAGUUUGAUAAAAUUAAGUGUCAUAGUUGUGAGUUAUGACCAUAGGUCUUUCUUUUUGCAAAAUACAAGCCCAAAUUACAUUCCAAUUAUGUGUUUGUGGUAGAAAUUCUCCUACCCCUUUGAUCCUUUCUAAAUGCUAAACUUGUAAGACAUCAACAUAUAAAAAUAGUCAGCAGAACUAUAAUGCAACUGCAAAGCAAAAUAAAUGAUAAUCGUAUAAACAUGAAGAAGCAUUCAGCAGACCUAUAAUAUUUAAAAGCGGUAAAAAUAAUUAUAUAAAAUAAAAGUGCACACCAAUUUCAACAUGUUAAUAGAGUGGUAAUAGUAGCAAUUGCCUGUUGUUGAGUUAUCAAUGGGAUGUCUUAACAUAGAACCCACCACAUACAAAUAGAUAAUAUGAAGCCUGGAAUAAGAUUUGUAUUAAAAACUCCCUUUGUCUAUUGGACUUUGUCAAUUUUUCUUUUUUGUUUGUCCCAAAAACAUUGUCACUUUUCUUUUAAAUUAAGUUGCGUUUCUGCUUACUUCUCUCUUUCUGCACAAGCACAAACCUCUAACACUUGAGGUUUACUUUUCUUAUUUCACACACAACUCAAAGUUGGCAAUGCCCUUUGAGAUGGAGGUAGUAUAAGAACAAUUGAACAAGUGAGAUGAUACCUAUAUUUCAGUAUGUGAGUGUGUAAAAAUGAAGGUAUAUAUAUCGGGUUGGAACCAAGUAUAUGUGUAUGACCCUUCCAAUGUAUUAGUCCUUCAAUACAAUAUGAAAUGAUGGCCGAUCAUUACAUACUCCAUAAUAUUUAACAAUUAAUGUUACAACUGUAUAAUAUUUGAGAGCUGAUGGAUGUGACCUAGUCUUCGGGCUUCCUCAUGUGUAGCCGUCCAAUCUCUAAUCUUCAGUUUGCCUUAGCCGGCUCCUUGAUCCAAUGUCUUACUAAGAUAAUUGUAUCUAUCAGUUGUAGCAUUUGUUAUUUUCAUAUGAGAAAAUUUUCAAAAUAGGAGUAAAACAAUGUGAAAUUUGAAAAUAGGACUACUAUCUUUACCCCCUUAAAUAAGAGUAAUUAAUGUCAUUUUGAAAUUAUACUUCCAUAUUUUGGCAUGUCGGGCAUUAAGAUGGCAGUAACGAUCAGUAAAAAAAACAUAUUUAAGGCAAGUUAGUUUUGCAUAAUUUACUAGUCCUAAAGAACAUAUAGUCAUAUACUUAUGUGUGUGUGUAUUUUUUUUGUUAAGCAGUCUGAAAGAAAAAAGUAGGGUGAGAAAAAUCAGCAAGAUAUUGCUUUGGAGCAAACAUUGUACAUUGAUGGAUUUGAUGAAGUUCACUUCAUCCACUCACUAUCGCUUUAUUGAUCAUGUUCUUGUAAAUCAUGUAUCAAAAGAAAAUAUAUGAUGUUAAAAUAGACAACGUUUUCAUAGAGCCUUUUCUUGGUGGAAGAAAUGGAAGAGUGAAAUACAUAUUUUAGAUGAUUGACUUAUAGCAUUCAUGGGGCAUUGGGGGGUCCUUUGAGGCACUCCUUAUGGAAACAUUUUUAUCUGGUAUGACGUUGUCAUUAAAUUCAAGCUAAAGUAAUGUGAGCAAGAGUUGGACUUCAGGAAAUAUGAAUAUGGUUAAUAAGUUUAUUGUGAUUAUAUUACAGGGUUGGCUCAGAGUGAUUCUAAGGAAUGAUAAAUCUGUGAUUUUUUUUACUUAUAGCCUGCUUUGUGAACUCAAGUUCUCUUUAACAUUCAUUGAGGAGGACAUAUGGAACCACUGUAUUUGAUAUCCUCGAUUCUGAGAAUUCUGCUUCCCUUGACAGAAUUGGUAUAUGCUUAAUUGGUAUAUGCUUUGGCCUAUCUUCCUACAUGUUCUGCAUUUAGGUCACUCCAUUAUUAGCUUUUAUCUGCAUUUCGUUGAUAGUUGAUACUAAUGCUUAUUAAGUUCAUGUUAGAAUUCUAUUCAUUGACUUCUCUCCUUGGUUUGUUGGCAACACAUGUGGGUAUGCUGAGAGACAGAGGUAAAAACAGGAAGAGUUAUUGGUGUUGGUAUGUUGAGAUUGGAAGCAGUGAUGCAAAAGUCACUAGCCCGCGGAUGGUCAAGUGGCACCUAGCCUGCUUAGAUGCAGUCGGUCUGAAUGUAGUUGGUACAUGUGCAAUUGACACUACAGGUUGUUAAAAAUGGUUCUGAUUUAUUGGGAUCAACAAAGCUGCUUUCUGCCUUCAUCUGUCAAUCAGAAAUAAUUUUUCCUUGCUUUAGUACAAGGGUAAGGCUGCGUACAUCCCAUACCGUAGGUGGGAGCCUUUGCGGCACUUAGGCAUGUGCCAGCGCUUCUCGGCUUCUUAUUCAACAAUCGUUGAGGCUCUUUGUGUCUGAUUCUUAUAUGAGAGGAUGUAUUCCCUCAGAAGGGAAGAAGGUAAACUACCAAAGAGCAGUUCCAUGUACAGAGAGGAUCAGACCCCGCCCAGAAUACUAACUGCUGAUAGUAUGCUAGCAAUUAUUUAUCUUAACUACUUAACUGUUAAGUAAUACCGUCAAUGUCAUACACUGGGUUCCAUUUCCAGUUUUCCUCAUGUUGUCCAGGAUGGGUUUCUGCUAGUAACAUUUGCUUUCCUGCGUUCUCAUAUUUGCAAACUAUUUGGUUUCAGAUUCUUCCAGAUGUCGGAUAUGUUUAACUCAGUCAUUCAUCCAUGUAUAAAAAAUAUGGAUCUCUCUAAAGCUUUUCUAUUGGUAAAGAGAAUGAGCAAAUUUCUGUUUUCAA